GCCAUGACUAAGUGAUUUUCCAGUGGCCCAGAGCCGCGGGGGCGCUACCUGCACCUGCGUAGAGCCUCCAAAUUCCGCAUCGGAGCAAAACCCCAACUUUUUUUCGUGCCCACCUUUUCGUCCUCGCUCCUCCUCCUCCUCUCUCUUCCUCUUCUUUUCCCUUUUGCACAUCAACCACCACUCUCCACUCUUCAAUUCGCGUUCGAUUUUCUUUCCCGGUUCAUCAAUUCUUCACAUUAUCACAAUGGCCUCUUUCGCUGCUUCUCUCCGCGCCGUCGCUCGCCCUGCCAUGCGCAUGGCUGCUGCCCGCCCUGCUUUCCGCACCUUCACCACCUCCCGCAUGGCCCUUGCCAAGCGCUACACCAAGGACCACGAGUGGAUUGACGUGUCCGCCGACCGCAAGUCUGGUGUCAUUGGUAUCUCUGAGUACGCCGCUGAGCAGCUCGGUGAUGUCGUUUACGUCGAGCUCCCCGAGACCACUGGCGACUUUGUUGACCAGGGUGAUGCCGUUGGCGCCGUUGAGUCCGUCAAGAGUGCUUCCGACAUCAACGCUCCCGUCCGCUGCAAGGUUGUUAGCGGCAACGUCAGCCUCGAGGAGAAGCCUGCCAUCAUCAACCAGGUUCCCGAGGAUGACUCCAACGGUGGCGGCUGGAUCGUCCGCGUUGAGCUCGACGAGGAGGGUGCUGCCCAGGCUGAUGAGCUCAUGGACGCCGAGGCCUACAAGGCUUUCAUCUCCGAGUAAGGGCAACAUGGACACGUCCAUUGCUUUAUGAGAUUUUUUAAAAAAAAUACACAAAACAAAACACCCAAACAGAAAACAUCGGCAUAAUAGCAGACAGCCAUCGUGUACGCCCAUGAGCAAUUCACAGCUCCGGUGUAACGCGACUAAUUUGUCUAGCUCUUUGUGCCUCGUGAUUUAACAACACGGCGGAGGAAACCCAACUGUUAGAUCUCGUUGUCGCAUCUAUUUGUUAAUACUACUAUUUCACGUGGGACAGUUCAACCUGGCUAAAGAACAGACGGAAACACUUUUUGCAGCAGCGUCAUGAAAAGACUUUAUUGGUGUACCAUAUUGUGUGCAAACGUCCUUUGCGGUUUGACCUAUUUUUUUUUUUGCGAAACCUGUUCUUCUACUUUUUGAUACCACACGACACAAUGCAACACAAUACGGCACAGACAGACCGAAUCGGAUAUAUACAGGGUCUAUUUUCUAAUUUUGGGAGGGACCUUUCGGCCCUACACCAGCGAUAGCAAUCGUCCUUUUUUUUCUAUUCCGUUUUUCUCUCACAAGUUGUGAUGCAGGUUUCGAUUGCUCUCACACGACAUACCCCUCCCGCGGACACAUCAGUAGUGCCUCUUCUUCGUGUUGAACGUCGUAGAGAAAACGAACCAAGAUGUGCUGGGUGCAGUCGCCUACUUAGCUGGUAGCCUUUGGCUUGGUAGCAUUGAUGGCGUCCAAGAUCUUGUUUGCACCUUUACUAACUAGAUCCGCUGCAACACGCUUGCCUAGCUCAUCUGCUUCGUCUUCAGUAUGGAUGGUGGCCGUUAUAUCUGUAUCGACCGCCUCGUCUCCCUUGACAGAUACGACCGUGGCACGAACACGCAAUUCAGUCUCAGAAACCCACGUAGUCUCAACACCGAUGGGCACACUGCAACCGCCUUCCAAACUGCGCAUCAAGCUUCGUUCGACCAGACACGACAUGGUUGUUUUGCUAUUUUGUAGAGCCUUGACAAUCUCCAACACUCUCUCGUCGCCUUCACGGCACUCAAUGGCUAGGGCUCCCUGGCCAACUGCGUAGAGCAUGCCACCGUUUUCCCAGUCCAAGUGUUGUGAGAUUCGAUCGCUAAAGUUCAUACGGUCCAAGCCUGCCGCAGCCAGGAUAAUCGCGCUAAGUUCUGGGUCCUCGUCAAGCUUGCGUAAUCGUGUGUUGAUGUUGCCGCGGUGGUCCUUAAAUUUAAGAUAGGGGUAUCUGCGAGCCAUUUGGGCGAUUCGGCGGACACUGCUGGUGCCAACAACACUGCCGUAUGGCAAGUCUGCAAUUGUUUUCCAUCCGUGCUUUUGAACGAGAGCUUCCUUUAUUACAAGCGUGUCACGAGGGUCUUCUCUCGAAGUGAUGGCUCCCAAGACACAUCCGGGAGGCAGCGUCGUAGGCAUGUCCUUAAGACAGUGUACCACAAUAUCAAGCUCCUUGUUCACAAGCUUCUCUUCCAACUGGGACGUCCAGAGUGCUUUGCCUCCAAAAUUGUAUAGUGCUGUGUUCUGAUCUCGGUCGCCGGUCGUCGUCAUGCCGUGGAUGGGAAAGUCGAUAGCCGGAUGGACUGCUUUGAGGGCCUUGACGACAAGAUGGGCCUGGGCCAUGGCCAAGGGCGACUCUCGUGUGCCGACAUUUACUGUAUUUGUUUGCUCUGCAGUCAUUGUUGCGUGAUUUAUACGGCACAGCGUUGUAGAAGAAGAAAAUGCUGGCUAUUCAUGGAGGGGCAGCUGUUUGGCGGGGCACACAUGUGCAAUAUAGAGGACGGUGCGGAUGCGCAGUGCGGUGGACAUGCUGGCACUAUACGUCUUUAGGGUAUUCAGAUCUGUGUGCCAAUAUAUUGACUACAGCCAAGAACCAGGUUUUAAAAAAAGGGAUCAAAAUAUUAAAGAAAGGCCAAGAGCAUGAAGAAUCUGUUUGUAUUAAUUCUUGGAGUACAAUUUACUUUGUACAGCACUACGUUGGUUACCAAAAAGUGUAAGCUUGAUACAAACACGACAUUGGUUCUGUACUUGUCGUACGCAGCCAUUGUUAUUUGUUGUGCCGAC